AUGCCCUGGUACUAUCAGUGGCCUAAUCAUCUUAUGUUAGAUAAGAUAGGUUCGCAACAACAAUAUGCUGGCAAAACCAAGGAAACAGCAUUCCUAAAUGGAACAUUCAAAUGGAACCAUGGAGUGUUAAAAACUACCUUUCCACAAGAAAAGAUCUUCGGUGGGGGUAAAACAUUUUCAGAGAUUAUCGGUACAGAAAAAGAUAAUGCACAAUGGACUGGAAAACGAGCGCCUUCGAUUUUGAAGACAUUUGAUUCAACUAAUCAAAAGAAAAAUACUAAAUCCGUAUCAUUUGCUGUCCCAAAUUCAUCUGACGAGGAAGCUUAUGAUUACUCUGAAGAUGAUACUGAUUCAGACUAUACAAACUCAGAUCUUGAUGAUUCUGCCUCUCCAAGUGAAAUAGAAGAGAUCGAAGAUGCCAUCAAAGUAAAAUCACUGAUUAAAUGGCUGAUUAAAGUAGUAUUCGCUGGAUUACUCCUUGGAUGUAUUGUGUACUAUGGAGUUUCUUACUACUUUCAUGUGGAAGAAAUCGUAGAUAACAGCUACUGGGGUUGUUUUAAGAGAGCAAUUCUCCCACAAGAAAAAGUGGUAGACACCUUUUGGGGAUCCGUCAAGAGGGUUAUCUUCCAACAACAACAAGUGGUAGAUAACACCUUUUGGGGAUCUUUCAAAAGAGGCAAGAUUUUAAAACAUUAUUUCAGAAAUACUUCUUUAAGGCACUUUACUACAUACUCCAUUGGUGGUAUAGAUGGGAAAAUGAUAAUAACGCUGAGUGACGUCAGGCAUUCUGGAAGGUUCAACAUGCUCUAUCCUGCUGUAAGGAUCAUCAUAAUGGAGCUCAAAUUCAUUAAAUUUUUAAUGUUGGAGUAA